CAAUCCCGUUAUGUUGUAUUCAAUCAGCUGUAGUUUGUAACAUGAUAUUAAAAACGUUAUUCUAUACUUAAUAAUAUCAUCUAAAUAUAGGCAAAACAAAGACAAAAUGGAAUGCGAUUAUUGGAGUGAUUUAUUUUGAAAUUGAAUGUUUCCUCUAAUAAAGUAUUUCACCGAACUUUUUUUUACAGAUCUCUCGGACCAGUCCCCUGACGAAGCUGACGUCAUAGCACAGGAAAACUCGACUGACGUCACAGCAUUUCUUUUUCCUGCCAUUGGCGCUGUGCUUAUGCUCAUGUUUGGUGGAUUAUUGUUUUCAAGCGGAACAUCCUUCAGUAAAUCUAAAACAAUGUCCGACAACAGGUUCAAACGAAAAUUUGAACAGCAGUAUGGACGAAGGACAAUACGUUUUCAUAACAUACCAGACAAGAUUGCGACAGAGCCGUCGUCUGUUCUACAACAAGAAAAUAAUGACGUUGUUGAUGCUGUGAUGAAAGAAUAUCAAGAUUUACCGCAGCACCAACCGCUCAGCGGAUUAGCUGGCAAUAUGGCUGGAUUACGCGGGCAAACUUGCGCAGUAAAUCUUAUUCGACCAGAAGUGACAGAGAGAGGAGUAAGUCCGAUCCAUUUGACGGCAAGAGAAUACACUUCAGAUUACGACAAUCCGUCGUAUAAAGAUAAGGACAGUGAGGCGGAACAUGAAGAUGAUGUAAACAAGAAAAGCUCGCUUACUAUUACGCUUCAAAACAAGGAUAUUGUCGUUGAAGAUGAUUUUACGCAACGAAAUAGCGCUGCAUCUAGUGGCAUUGGUACAAACUCACCAGACAGUUACGAAAUUGAUAGCUUAGAAGAAUUUCCUGCUAAUAACAACGAUUCUCUCGACCUUGCUGAAGCAGAGUUUCCUGGGUUACGAGGCGGAGCUCCUUUAAAUGACGGCACCCGCCUGUCUGUACAUGCUUAUGACCGUGGGGUGUACGGUGGGGGGCGAUUAAGUGUGCUGGAGAUGGAGAGAGCGCCUAGCUCCAUGUGUUUAAGGGGUUGUAGCUGUCCCAUGCAUAGAACAGAGGGUGGGAGAAUGAACACCAAACUGAAGGGUGCUCGAACUAGCGAUGAGCGACUCACUUGGGGUGAUAUUGCACUAAAUGUAAAUGGUAAUUUGACCUUGGAGAACGAAAGUGACGUUAGCAAAGCGUGUGGUGAUAUGUUAAGGCUCGCUACUCCAUCAGCAGAAAUAUCAGGUCCGCUGACUGCAGAGAACAUGCGAGAGAUGAAUCAAAGUCCGUUGCGGCGAAUGGAUUUGGAGAAGUGGCUUCAUGAUGUGGAGAAGUCCCGCAAAACGGGCGAGGAAGCUUACGAUCAAACGUUAGAAUUCCCAGAUGCGAAAACAGAAAAGCGUCGCAGAGAUUACUUAAUCACACAAAGGAAAGAGUUUGUGCCUAGUCGAAGGAAAAUGCGAGCACCACUUCAAGAAAGUUUACAGCUGUUGAAAAAGUUGCAGCUUGUUGCAGACAAUGAUUUGGCUCCAGCGCAGAAUCCAGUCCACCUCGGCGGCCGCGCAAGCUGCUUGGACACUGUGAGAGCACCAAGCUCACUAUGCCUUUGUGGAGGCCAAUGCAGCGUGUAUGGUCAGAAUGAGAUAACCUCUGACCAGUGUAGUGCGCCAGUGAAUGUAAUUGAAGAUGACACUGAAACUGAUGAGAGUACUGAAGUUGCGAAAGGCAGCCAUCAGCUUAAUUCAACAAGAACAGAACGUAUCACAAAAGGCGGAAGACAGAGUACUUUGAAUCUUCUUCGCGCGUCAAGUGGAAUGUGUAUUCAUGGCCCUACAUGCACGGUUCAUUGCCACAAAAUGGGAAAUGCUGAGUCAUCGAUACCAGAAUCUGGGAUUGAGAGUAGGAGAAGUCAAGUGCUUACUCAAAAGCAAGAUACACAUUCCGAAUUAAAAGAAUUGAGAGGAGCCAGCGUGUUUGGUGAAUCGCAAGUUUCACUCACUUACAACACAUUGAAUAAUCAAGGAAUUGGCGAUUGCGCACAAGAAGAAAGCGUCUCUAUGAUAACGGAGUGCAGUGAAAAUGAACAGCGUGGAGCGAGCUCCUUUGGAAAUUCACGCUCAUCAAAAACUCAAGAGAUCAAUGAUCUAAACACUAGAGGUGCUAGCAGUUUUGCAGAACAGCCUCUGAAACAGUUGCAUGCUAACUACAGUCUUAAAAUGAACAGUAUCCAAUCAUCUUUGGGCGAAAUUAGGGGCGCCAGUGGUUUCGCAUCGCUGGAUGAAAGUAUUGCGGGCACAUCGAGUGUAACGUUAAGUUUUGCAGUGGAAUCUGACGUCGAAGGUUUGAGCACUGAUAAGUCUUUGAUGGAGAGAAAAAGGGCUACAAGUGUAGAGACAUCUGUUGAAAGCGGCAGAACCCCUGAUCGAAAGCGUGGCUCCAAAAACACAGCCAAAGCACCUGUGAGCCCCACAGAGAAACAGAACUAUCAAACGACCACGUGGAAAACUGAAGACAUGGAAAACCUUGUUGAACCAAAAAACAACUUGUUCAUUAGUCGCGACAAAGGUUGUAAAAUUGGAACAAUUGCUCGUGCAGAAAAGAUGGAUUUUAGCGAUGAACAAAAGCAACACUUCAAACGGUUUGACGAGCGCAUUCUUAAAGUGGGUAAAGACACAACAAUGAUGUGUACACUGUUAAAUGCACUUCGGCGAAAUGGAAAACAACAACGAAAAGACACUGAAACUUCCAAGCACAAUGUUAUUCAUCGUAUUGACGAAGAAAACGUUACGAAUGGCAAGGAAACUUCAGUCGGGAGUCUUAAAUUUUCAGUUUUGUAUAAGGGAGCUGAUUCUGGGACGCCUUUGCUUUACGUCACUGUUCUAGGUCUCGAAGGUGUGACAACUGAAACAGUUACGACAGACAGUACGGUUUAUAUAAAAGUUUGUUUAUCUCCUAAAUUCACAACAUGGAGACGAACAAGAGCUCUGAAUGUUUCAGAGAAGCUGGAUUUUAAAGACCAUUUUAUUAUAUCAGGGGUGAAGCCAGUUGACUUGGAGGGAGCUAUCCUUCGAUUUGUAGUUGUUUGUGUCGGAGAAGAUGAAAAAGUCAUUGGUCAACUUGACGUGCCUCUUGAUGAGCUCAAGUCGCGUGACAAGUUUAAAAGGACUUGCGCGCUUCAUGUACCUUAUUGCGCAAGGAAUGAUGGGAUUACUGAACUUGAAUAAUGAAUGAGUAACUUUGAAAAAGAGGCUCCAUUAGGGGGUGGGGGUGGGGUGGUCUGAGUAUCCCACAUUCGGUUAAUUUUUGACUUAAAUAUCCCGUACCAUGAGUUCAAGUAGCAAAAACUAAGGAUUCGCUACUCGAUAUCCUGUUUUAUCUGGUCUAGAUCUCUCGUUAAUAAUUUCCCCCAAAUAUCCUGUAUCCUGUUAAUUUUUUACCUAUUAACCCGUAUCCCGAAAAACUCUAAAAGGGCUUCAAAAACAGUAAACCGUUCGAGCUGUACGUUAAAUUAAGCAUGAUUUUCACCUUUAUAGCAAAGUAAUAAAACUUGAUAUGACAAACAAUAUUACGUACUUAGUGUGCCUUUUAAAAGAAUUCAUUUAAUAUCUUCAGUUUGCGUCAAAUGGAAUUAGUGUAGACGUUCUUUGUAUUGUGCACUUACAGA